CAGGAGGAAGAACAAAACAAGAUGGCGUCUGGCGGAGAAUACGUUGUAUUGGUUAUUAUGGUUUCUAGGUCUUAAUUACAGCGUACAUGUGCACAUUUGUGUCGUUUAACAGAGUAAACGUCGUUAUUAAUUGUUUGUAUGCGGAUACAUUAGUCUGAGUGCACUUUGACGUGCUAGCCUAGCCUGCUGGUUAGCUUAGCUUGUUAGCUGCUAACAAAGAGAGGCGGAAGUGAUCGACACAUCAAAGCAGAGAUCCAAUAUGUCUGUGAAGAACAUCUUCACCCUGAGCAACAGAAGUGGAGCUUCAGGAUGCGGACAGAGGAGCCACAGCCCUCCCACAUUAAGAAGGAAGAGGAAUACCCACUGAUACCCCAUUUUAAAAAGGAAGAGGAGGACCCACUGACACCCCAUUUUAAAAAGGAAGUGGUGGAUCCACUGACUCCUCACUCUAAGGAGGAAGAGGAGGACCAAGAGGCGCCGCACAUUAAAGAGGAAGAGGAGGAAGAGGGCAUCAGUCAGCCUAAAUGGUUGGAGGAGUUCCCAGUGACUGGUGUCCCUGUGAAGAGUGAAGGUGAUGAGGUGAAAGGUGAAAGUGAGGAGAGGGGAGGGGGGGAGCCUCCAAGCAGCAGCUCAACACAACACAUGACAACAGAAGCUGAUGGAGACCACUGUGGAGGAUCACAAGCAGACAAGCUCUUAGCUCCACUAUCAGAUAGUGAGGACACAACGUCACACUCUCCUGACACUGAUGAUGAAGACUCUAAAGAUGAUAAGACAUGUCACACUGACAACACUCACUUCACAUCUUCUCUCUGUCACAAAACUUUUAAAUACCAUUGUCGUCUGAAAAGACACAUGAGAACACACACUGGAGAAAAACCUUUUUCUUGCUCAGAAUGUGGUAAAGGUUUUACACGAAGUCAACAUUUGAAAGUACACAUGAGAACACACACUGGAGAAAGACCUUUUUUAUGUUCAAUCUGUGGGAAAGUUUUUAUUCAAAGGUACUAUUUAAAAUCACACAUGAGUACACACACUGGAGGAAAACAUUGUUCCUGCUCAGAAUGUGGUAAAAAUUAUACUCAAAGCCAUAAUUUGAAAACACACAUGAGAAUAGACACUGGAGAAAAACCUUUUUCAUGUUCAAUCUGUGGUAAAAAUUUUACUCGAAGGCAACAUUUUAAAACACACAUGACAAUACACACUGGAGAAAAACCUUUUUCAUGUUCAAUUUGUGUCAAAAAUUUUACUCAAAGGCAAUCUUUGAAAGUACAUAUGAGAUUACACAAUGGAGAAAAAAAAUGUUUCCUGCUCAGACUGUGGUAAAAGUAUCGUACUAAAUCAAAGUUUAAAAGUACAUAUGAGAACACACACUGGAGUAAAACGUUUUUCAUGUUCAAUCUGUGGUAAAAAUUUUACUGGAAGGCAAAAUUUUAAAACACACAUGACAAUACACACUGGAGAAAAAACCUUUUUCAUGUUCAAUUUGUGUUAAAAAUUUUACUCAAAGGCAAUCUUUGAAAGUACAUAUGAGAUUACCACUGGAGAAAAUAAAAUUUCCUGCUCAGAA